AUAAUUAAUAAAAAUGAUUUUUGUAAUACUUGCGACAAUCAUAGCCCUUGGAUUGGCUCAUUAUUACUUUACUAAAAAAUACAAAUAUUGGGAAGAACAUGGUAUUAUUCAUCAUAUUAAGUGCAACCGAUAUAUGGAAACAUACCGUUUUCUGAUCAAAAAAUUUGUUAUGUACGAUGAUAUAAUGGAGGAUUAUAAUGCUUUUCCUGAUAAACAAGUUUAUGGUGUAUAUGCUUUUGGACUUCCACAAUUAAUGAUCAAAGAUCCAGAUAUAUUACGUAAUAUUUGCGUGAAGGAUUUUGAUCAUUUUGUUAAUCAUAUUGAUGCGUUUUUUAAACAUGAUAGGCUAUUUGGCAAAAGUUUGUUUGCAUUAAAAGAUAAAAAAUGGAGAGAUAUGCGAACAAUAAUGACUCCAGUAUUUACUGGUAGUAAAUUACGUGGAUUAGUUCAAUUACUAUCGGAAUGUGGCGAACAAAUUAAUUUACAUUAUGCUCAAAAAUAUAAAGAUCAAGAUGAUAAAGUACUCAAAAUUGAUAUUAUGGAUAUUAGUACUAGAUUUACAAAUGACGUUAUUGCAUCGGCUGUAUUUGGUAUAAAAGUAAAUUCUUUAACGGAUCCAGAAAAUGAAUUCUAUUUAGCUGGUAAUGAGAUCAUUAAAUUUCCAGCAUGGAGAUUUAUAAUGAUCAUGAUGCUACCAAGUCUUAGCAAGCUUACGAAAAUGGGAUUUGCGUCAAAACACAUUUACAAUUUUUUCAUAAAACUUGUUGAGGAUACAAUUCGUAUACGUACAGAGCGUAACAUAAUUCGUUACGAUAUCAUUCAUUUGUUGUUGGAGGCACGCAAAGAGCAAAUGAAAGCCAUUGAAACAAAACGUGCUAGUAAUGAAAAUGUGGAUGUUUUAUCCAAGAAUUUGUUAACUGAUGAAGAUAUUACAGCACAAGCUUUUAUAUUUUUCCUAGCUGGUUACAGCAAUGUGGCAAUAUUAAUGAGCUUUGCAGCCUAUGAAUUAGCUGUUCAUCCAGAUGUACAAGUCAAAUUACAAAAAGAAAUUGAAUCUCUUAUUAAAGAAAAUGGAAAAUUAGAUUAUGAUGUUAUAAAAAAGAUGAAAUACUUAGAUAUGGUUGUUUCAGAAACGUUACGUAAAUGGCCACCUCUUCCUGCUAUCGAUCGUGAAUGCAAUAAGGCAUACAAAAUUGAAACAAAUAAUGAUAUUAUUGAAGUAAAACCUGGAAUGAUUAUUUCAAUUCCUGUGCUUGGAUUACAUUACGAUCCGAAAUAUUUUCCAAACCCAAAUAAAUUUGAUCCUGAACGUUUUAAUGACGAAAAUAAAGCAAAAAUGAAUCCAUAUACGUAUAUGCCAUUUGGAAUUGGUCCACGGAUUUGUAUCGCUAAUCGUUUUGUGAUAUUGGAAACUAAACUGUUUCUUAUAAAUCUUUUAUUAAAAUUUGAUAUUUUACCAACGGAAAAAACACCGAUUCCUUUAGUUUUGGCUGGAGGAAAUGUUAUAAAACCAAAGGAUGAUUUUAGUUUAUGUUUAAAAUUAAGAAAUUAAUAUUUUAUUUUAUAAAUUUU